ACUGUUAUCUAUUUGUUAGUACAGGCUGUUUUGUGGUUUGCAAUCUCCCAGACAAAACUUCUGCAGUUUAUUUUCAUAUAAAUAUAUUAAAAUGACAACAUUUGGUAAAAUUUGUGGGUUUUGCGGACGAUACUCCGUCCCUAUCCUGCUCAAAUCCAAGGGUACUCCCGAGCAGCGUUUUCUGCGAAUUCCUUUUGUUAACCAAAGAUAUAUUUCUACGUCUCAAUGUGCGAAGGGCAUCUAUGAGCCAGAAGAUUUGCCCCCUCCAUCCGCACCUGCGCAUGAUCUGCUGAACAUUCGAAUGCGUGGCUAUGAUUUUGCCGUGAUUGAAAAUCAUAUGUCCUACGUAACGAAGCUGGCCAGUUCGCUUGGAGCUGACUUCAUAAAAAAAUGGGCUACACCUGCAGAGUCCAAACGUGUUACGACAUUUAAGCCGCAGAGCACCCUAGUGGAGCACGAGUACGAUAUGGUUAUGUACGAGAGGAACGUGCAAAUCGGAGGAGUUACGAUUUCUAUGUUAGGAUUGCUUCUGGAUACUCUCAAUACCACUCUUCCGGAAGGUGUUACUCUAACUAUAAAGCAGCAUGAACCGAUAGAUGAGGAAGUGCGUUACAUUCCGGAUUAUGAACUGAAUGCGUUAAAGGCACAGUUGGACGAACUUGGGGGUCCCGUUAGAACUAAAAAAUAAAGAUUUAUCAUUUCUUUUAUCAAAAACCAGUUAAUAAAACUGAAACUGCCAUGAGUUUUUUUUGUAACGUUUUUUUUACUUGUUUGCAACAAGUUCAGUAAAGUGGCACUGGCUUUGCUUGUUGUUCAAGGUUUUCUGCCCAUGAGUAGUUUAACCGGCUGCUACGAUUUGACAAUAAAAGGCACUGAUUCCCGGAAUUACAUUUUUGUACU